UCUGAGGAGAAGGAAGUGAAAUGAAACUCCUCUCUGGUCUCUUUCCUGCACUAGAGGCCAUGGCUGCUGUGAAUCCAGCAAAAACGCUCCAGGAUGAACUGACCUGUUCCAUCUGUCUGGACUAUUUUAAAGAUCCGGUGUCUCUAGACUGUGAUCACAAUUUCUGCCGAGCCUGCAUCACCCAGUGCUGGGGGGGAUUCGAUACUGACAUCUCCUGCCCUCAGUGUAGAGAGAUCUUUCCCCAGAGGAACCUCAGGCUGAACAGGCAGCUCAGGAAUGUUGUGGAAGCAGCCAGAGAACUCAGGUUGCAGACAGGGAGGGAACCAGAACCAGAGAGACUGUGUGAGAAACACAAGGAGCCUCUAAAACUGUUCUGCAAAGAGGACGAAAUCCCCAUCUGCCUGGUGUGUGCCAGAUCCAAGCAGCACAGAGAUCACACCGUCAUUCCUGCAGAGGAAGAUGCUGAAGAAUUCAAGGAAAAGGUUCAGGCCCAUUUGAAGAUGCUGAGGGAAGAGAGAGAAAAGCUCCUGGGAUGUAAAGUGAGCAGAGAGAAGAGAAGCCAGGAAUAUCUGAGAAAUACACAAACCGAGAGGCAGAAGAUUGUGUCUGAAUUUCAGCAACUGCGGCAGUUCCUGAAGGAACAAGAGCGACUCCUGUUGGCUCAGCUGGAGAAUCUGGACAAGAAGAUAGUGAAGAUACAGAAUGAAAGUGUCAGUAAAGUAUCUGCGGAAAUUUCCCGUCUCAGUGAGCUGAUCAGCAAGCUGGAGGGGAAGUGUCAGAAGCCAGUGAGUGAAUUGUUGCAGGACGUCAGAAGCACCUUGAGCAGGUCUGUGAAGGGGAAGUUCCAGCAGCCACAGGGGUUUUGUCCUAAGCUAGAAUUAAGACUCAGUGAUUUCUCCCAGAAAACUGUUGCUCUAAUGGAGACUCUGAAGAAGUUCAAAGACACUCUGCCAUCUGCACUAGAGACAAAAACAGGAGGAUCCCUAGGAACAUUCAGACAGGCGAAUGUGACUCUGGAUCCAGACACGGCUCAUCCCCAACUCAUCCUGUCUGAGGAUCGGAAAAGUGUGAGACGGAGAGAGACACAACAGCAUUUGCCCAACAACCCGGAGAGAUUUGACUUUUGGGCCUGUGUGCUGGGCUGUGAGGGAUUCACCUCAGGGAGACACUGCUGGGAGGUGGAGGUGGGGCGUGGGGAAAGCUGGGCUGUGGGGGUGGCCAGAGAAUCUGUGGGAAGGAAGGGACGGAUCAGCCAUAGCCCUGAGGGGGGGAUCUGGGCUGUGGAGCAGUGGCUGGGUCAGGUCCGGGCUCUCACCACCUCUAUGACCCUCCUGCCCCUGAGCCGGGUCCCCAGCAGGAUCCGGGUUUGUCUGGACUGUGACUGGGGGCAGGUGACAUUUAUCGAUGCUGGUGACGAGGCCCCGAUCUUCACUUUCCCGCCGGGCUCUGUCCCUGGGGAGAGAAUCCGACCCUGGUUCUGGGUGUGGAUGGGAUCCCGGCUCCGCCUGUGUCCCUGAGCGGGGAUGUGUGUGUGUGGAGGGGGAAGGGGGAGGAAUAUCCCACCAGAGAACUGGAAAUCAACCUUUCUAGCCUCACCCCCCCUAGUCUCUAUGACCAUGGAGGACUCCUGUCUACCCAGCUCCUGGUUCCUCAUCUCUAUGACCUGUGGAAGCCCCUCCCCUUCCCUGCAAUGUCAAGGAUGGGAGGGGGAGGGGGAAGAACCCCUGGAGCUGCAGGAAGGGCAGA